UCAGUGGUCUAUGUUAAUUGUCAAAGAGGAAAAUCUCGGUCUUUUUCGGUUGUUGUUAAUUAGGAAAAUAUUAGGAUAUUGCAGGGAAUCUGAUUUAUAUGAGAUUUCUUUUGAUUAGAAAAUACUGAAAUGUCCGACUACUUGAAAAUUGGUCGAAGGGUUGAAAUUUCAGGAAAAGAUGUUCAGGGAGUUAUUGCUUAUUAUGGUCAAACAGAAUUUGCUCCUGGUAAAUGGAUUGGUGUAAUUUUGAAUGAGCCUAAAGGAAAAAAUAAUGGAAUUGUCAGGGGACGAGAGUAUUUUAAAUGUGAAGAAAAUCAUGGAAUGUUUGUGAGAGUGCAGCAAGUAAUUCCUUUAAAUGAUGAUGGAAAACCAAUUGAAACAACAUCAGGAAUUGCUAGACCUAAAACCAGGCAAAGCAUAGUUGGUACGAAGCCCAAACCGACACCCUCAAGGAUAUCACUGGCAAGUAGUCGCCAAUCCUUGUCAGGAAGCAGACAAUCAUUAUCAGGCAGCAGACAGUCUUUAACUGGUAGUAGACAGUCCUUAAGUGGAAGUAGGACCCACCUGGAAUCGCCUAUAGUUGAGAAGCAUAAUGAAAUUGGAGAAGGUGGAAGUCAGGUUUCGAAGAGGGCUUCCUUUAUUGAGACCGGUUUUGUGGAAACUCUGAAGCCACAAUUUACCCCUGGGCAGGCUUUGACCAGUGCUCCCACUCCUGUGUCAACAAUGGAAGAAAAAAUAACAAUCAUGCAAAUUCAACAAGAAUGUGAAAAUAGAAACCAACAAAUUAAGGAUCUACAAGAAAAGCUCGAAACUUUAAAAAUAAAAAGACAAGAAGAUAAAGAAAAAUUAAAGGAUUUCGAUAAAUUGAAGAUUCAGUUAGAUCAUCUGCUUGAAUUCAAAUCUAAAAUUAUGGAGUCACAAGCUAGUCUUCAAAGAGAACUUCAGAGAGCAAAACAAGAAGCAAAAGAAGCCGUAGAAGCUAGAGAAACUCACGCUGAAGAUGUGGGAGACCUCGCAGAAACGUUAGAAAUGGCACUCCUAGAUAAAGAAAUGGCGGAAGAAAAAUGUGAAACUCUCCAAUUGGAACUGACUGUCUGCAAGGAAAAACUAGAGGAGGUUACCCUAGAUAUGGAGAUAUUGAAAAAUGAAAUGCAAGAAAAAGCAAGUGGUAUAAAAGCAGCAGAUGAUGAACUGACAAGUUACGAAAUCAAGCAGAUUCAACAGCAAAAUCUUCGCCUCAAAGAAACUCUUGUGAAGAUGAGAGAUCUUUCUGCGCAUGAUAAACAUGAGUAUCAGAAGCUCAUGAAAGAUAUGGAACAGAAAAAUUCUGAAAUUACAGAGUUGGGUAAAACCAAAGAAAAACUCAGUGCUAGGGUUGAAGCAUUAGAACAACAAAUUGCAGACUUGCAGGAACAGGUCGACGCGGCUUUGGGAGCAGAAGAAAUGGUUGUGUUGCUCGGAGAACAAAAGUUAACAUUGGAAGAGAGGGUAACUGCCUUAGAGGAAGAAGUGUCGGAGCUUGAAGCAUUGCAGGAUAUGAAUAAUCAACUUCUCGAAGGAAGUAAUGAAAUUGAAGCAGAUCUAAGAGAGGAAUUAGAAAUGGCCAGAGCUCAAACAAGACAGGCAUUGAGGGAUCGAGAUGCAGCAAUUGAAACAAUAGCAGAUCGCGAAACCACUAUUGGAAAAUUUAGGGAACUUGUUCAGAAGCUGAGAGAUCAAUCAAUAGAUCUCCAAGAUCGUUUGGAGAAGGAAUCAAGCAAACCUGUUUCUGGUCUUCCUGAAAUUUUAGAUUUCAAGAAAAUGUUUUCAGAGACUAAAGCUCAUACGAAAGCAAUUGAUUUGGAAUUGAGGAAAGUGGAUAUAGAACAACUUCAACAGCAUAUAAAGUACCUCACAUCUUAUAUGCCUGACUCCUUCAUGAAUAGAGGAGGAGAUUAUGAAGCUAUAUUGGUAUUGCUUUUGAUACCUCGUUUGAUAACUAAAAGUGAAAUAUUGCUUGGUCAGGUGAAAGAUAAAUUUCCAAUUAUUGAAAAGAUCAGUAGACCAGCAAUUCUCAAAGAGCAUGCUAUUGACCAGUAUGCAUUUAGAUGCAGAGUAGCAUAUUACAUUUAUGCAUUGCAGACAAUUUUACAUCAAUACUACUACAGCUUGAACAUAUGUAGGCCAGAAGUUUUGCUGAAAAUAGGAGGAAGUUUUGUGGAAAUCGCAGCGCAAGAAAAAAUUGUAGAUGGCUAUGUUGAGUUGGUGAAAAGAGAUCAGUUGGAUGAAAAUGUGCCAACAGAAGCCUUGGAGAAAUGUGUAUCUUAUUUCAAUACACUAUUUCCCAUCAUCCUUGGUGCUGAUGUGAAAAUAAAUCACACUAGAUCGUUAUCAGAUAAUGUUAAGUGUUUGUACAGUGCGUGUGACGGUAUCAUCAAUGACGCUUUGGUCAUCAGAAAUUUAAUAGAGACUGGCAAUGUAGGAGAUAUUGGUUUAUUAGCACAAUACAUAAUAACAAACUGCGAACAACUUCAGCAGCAGUUGAAAUUAGUUAAAAGACGCUUACCAACAGAUCCCAAUAUAUCAGAACUAGGAUUGGACAAAGAAAUAUUUGAAAAUCUCUAUCAGUGUUACCAGCAAUCUGGGAGAAUAUUGAAAACUUUGCAAGAUAUAGUGAAAUCAUCUGUUCAAGUAAUGACAUCUUCAACAGAGUUUGAAAAAGGCCUCACGCAAGAAAAAAUCAAAGAUAUUGCAAUAAACGCCAGUGACAAGAUAUAUGAGCAAGAUGACUUGGGACCUGUUCAAAGCAUUAAGAAUUCAUUGACCUUUAUUGUAACACAAAUAACACAAAUAUCCCAAUUUUUACAAGACAAUGAAUUUGAUAUAAGCACUUCUAGUAGAAGCCCAGAAAAGACUACCCCUCCAGUAGUUUUAAGAUCUCAAACAGUGAAAAAAGAAUUGGAACAAACAAAAACAUUAACCAGUCGUUUAGAAAAUAAGGAAUCUGAUUUGAAAGAGUUGCGAAAACACUUGAAGGAGAAACAAGAACAACUUUCUGAGAUGGUGAUCAGGAAAGAACUAGCUGAAAAAAAACUUGGAAAUGUUAAUAAAGAUUAUGAGUUAACUAUUGAAAAAUUGCAAAGGAAGUUAGAGGAGGCUAAUAAUAAUUAUAAGAGAAAAGAAAAGGAAUUCGAAGAAACAUUAGAUCAUCUGCAAAGAGAUAUUGACUCUUUGGAAAAUGAAAAAGGAGAAAUGAGGGAAAAAUUCAAAUUAAUUACAAAGAAAGCACAGAUGGAAACUAUGUCAAAAAGCAUAUCAGGUUCUCAGCUUUCAUCAUUACAGUCUUCAACUGGCCCAAUUCUUCCUGCUGUUGUUCGAGAUUCCCCACUACUUGUGCAAGAAAUACAGAAUCUUAAAAAACUUUAUAACAUGGAGAAACAGCAACGAUUGAAGCUUUCAGAUAAUAAACUAAGGGAUAUGUUGGAGAGUAUGAAGCCCUUACCUUCAUUUGAACCUCAACUGGAUGAAAGCUUAGACAAAUUGAUGAAAGAAGGAGAAAGUUUGAAACAGGAAGUUUUACUCACUUUGGCAAAACCGAAGUUUCCAUCUGUUUAUAAAUAUAAAGCACAUAAUAUGACACAAGUAUGGAACAAACACUUUGCAGAAGAACGCUGUAUAUGGUUAAACCUCGAAAAAAAAGCCGAAGACUUUCAAUCGAGAGUCACUGCUAAUAUAUUGAAGAAAAAAGAAGGUGGGCAUAUCCAAGCUGAUUUUGCUGUAUUUCCAACAAUUGAAAUGAAAAAAGCUUAUCACGAGGAAAAACCAAUGAAUGUUGGAUAUAUAAAAAUACCUGGAAAUUACAUCAAGGAGGAUUCAAUUAUAGGAGUGAACAAUUUAGAAAUCGAUUUUUCUAAUUUACAAAACAUCAUGGGCAAAUACAUCGGAAUGUCGGGCGGUGAAUCAAUUAUUUCAAAUUAAGGUGCAAUAUUAGCUUUAAUUCAUGAGUCAUAUUGUCCAUUGUAUAAACUGGACUCCUGCUUUCUCAAUGGAAAAUUGAUAAAUUUCGCAAUUCUGAAAAAUAAACCAUCUGCCAAACAAUGA